CAUUGGUUGCCCCGGAAAUGUCAGGAGUAGUAACGGAAAUUCGAUUUGUUUGUUAGUCUUGUAUUUGUGUUAAGGCAUAUGUCGUUUGUACCGAGCAGUCAGUUUACCAUUAGCCAUACGUGUACUGUUUCGAUCUGAGAUAACAAGACCAGACUAAACUGUUCAGCUGAACGUUUUAUUCCAAAUAGCCCGAUUUUUGUGUGGGUAGUCCGUCUCACUCACGGCUGUGCUAACUUUAGCCUAGCAUUUACGGAAUUCGUACCAGCGAGCUUCAUAUUGUCUCAUUGUCCCACAUUAUACUCAAUUUUCCUGAAAGACAUCCAACUAGGACACGAUGGCGGUUGUCAACGAAGUCGCCUUGAAGAAAAUGUUGAAGCAAUACAAAUACAGGGACCUGUCUGUUCGAGAAAUCACCAACGUCAUCUCUCAUUACAAAGACCUGAAGCCCGUAAUGGAUGGCUAUGUGUUCAACGAUGGCUCUACAAGGGACCUGAUGAGUUUAACAGGAACAGUCCCUGUAAGCUAUAGAGGCAACGUCUACAACAUCCCAGUGUGUCUUUGGUUGCUGGACACGUAUCCCUUCAACCCACCAAUUUGUUUUGUUAAACCAACCAGCACCAUGAUGAUCAAAACUGGUAAACAUAUUGAUGCCAAUGGAAAAAUCUACCUACCCUAUCUACAUGAGUGGAAGCAUCCACACUCAGACCUGUAUGGUCUCAUCCAGGUUAUGAUCGUAGUGUUCGGAGAUGAGCCGCCAGUGUUUUCUCGCCCAACCACACAAGCACCUUAUCAGGCUUUCCAAGCUGCUGGACCUCCGAAUCCUUCUUACGUACCUGGCAUGCCUGCAGUUUCACCUUAUGGCCCAAGUCCUAAUGCGGGAGGCUACCCAGGUUACCAGUACCCAGGGGGCAACUCUUACCCAGCUACUUCUGGUCCGACACACUACACCGCCCAGACUCCCGUUUCCACAGUGGGUUCCAACAGAGAUGGCACCAUCGGCGAAGACACGAUCCGUGCCUCGUUGAUCUCAGCUGUUAGUGACAAGCUUCGCUGGAGGAUGAAAGAGGAAAUGGACAGGGCUCAGGCAGAGUUGGAUGCCCUCAAGCGAACAGAAGAAGACCUCAAGAAGGGCCACCAGAAACUGGAGGACAUGAUCUCCCGACUGGACCAGGAAGUGGCUGACGUCGACAGGAACAUCGAGUUGCUGAAGCGCAAGGACGAGGAGCUGACCGAGGCCCUGGAGAAGAUGGAGAACCAGUCGGAGAACAAUGACAUUGAUGACAUCAUUGUUCCGACGGCCCCCCUGUACAAACAGAUCCUGAAUCUGUACGCUGAGGAGAACGCCAUCGAGGACACCAUCUUCUAUCUGGGAGAGGCCCUCCGCAGGGGGGUCAUAGACCUGGAGGUUUUUCUCAAGCACGUACGCGUUCUGUCCAGAAAGCAGUUCCAGCUCCGCGCCCUCAUGCAGAAAGCCCGCAAGACCGCCGGCCUCAGCGACCUCUACUGAGUAAGACGCAGACAUGAUUUCAGGCCCCGUGGUUCUCUUUCUUCUCCCUCUGUGUCGUUUCCCAUCUUUUAUGGACCACAGAGGUUGUUUAAACACUCCUAAGAUUUGUCGUCGUGAACUGGAUUAAACCAAAUGCUUGAGAGAUUUCCCCCAACACGCAUGUAAUGACACCAUUGAUGUAUGUGUAAUGGAGGCUAUCUAUUAGCCAGGCAGCCUUGUUUGUUGAGUAAGCACAAAAUUUCGGGGGGCUCGCGGUUGAGACACCCAAAGUCUUGAAAAGGUUAAGCUCCGAUAUAAAUACCCAAAGUGGUUAACCUUAAGAAGACCCUUGAUUUAGUGCUGUGUGCAGCCUGAGCCACAUUUAGAAGGCUUUUUUCUAUUAUGGAUAUGCUUUAAACCAUGAACCUGUUUUGUUUCUCACUCAUGUUUGGCCUCUCUUUCCACUUUCAUUGUGUGUGUCAGCUGCUCAGGUUAGCCCUCACAUUUGAGUGUUCAGCUGCAUUAACCAAUCGUGUACAGGAGCUCUUCUACUCUGUACAGUAUCUCUCUUGAGGACAUUUUUACAAAGUAUAUUCACUAUUUUUUAUUUUUACUGUCCACUCUGUUGUUUCUGCUGAGAAGUUAGUUCUCUCUCUAUAAACCAUUUUUUGUAAAGGUUUUUGAGUGUUAUAGGGUACAGAAGAGCCUAUUAUACUAAUCAGAUGUUAAGUUAUGACAACACCUCUCAUUUAACUUAGCCUUCUACUAAAUGCACUUUGAAAUGUAUCAUAGAGUAUCUGCUGUUAUUAUUUGUUUCCAAUUAAACCAUAGAUCAUCUUUUGUAUCUGUAGAUUUAUGUAAAUCCGUUCAAAUUAAAGACUGAUUUGAUGGCAAAUCAACAAGAUUUUUAUUUGCGCUUCAGCAGGUCACGGUGACUACGCCUUUCUACGCUCUAUGAAUUUAAGUCGACUCAAACUGAAUUGCUCAUGUCACAAAAACAUGUUCUGCCUGCCAUGUCGCUGGCUUUGGUGAAGAUUUCUUGUCAAUUAAAUAAUUAUCUGUUAAUAAAUUGGAUAAUUUCACACAACACACCGGGUAACAUCUCAUAAAAUUAAUUCUGUCCGGCAACCCUGGGUUGGGAAUCGCUGUUCGUCAGUGCUUGACCUCAUUGGUCUUGUAGCGCACAUAGACAUGGUUUCACGUUGUCGUUCACACCAGAAGACAAUUUAAAGUCUUCAAAUUAUGUUUUCCAGUCUUGACCAUACUUCAUAGUUGGCUGUAACCUUUGAAAGUCAUACUGCAAAAAACAUGUACUAUGUGAACAGGAAUUUCUAUUGUUACCCUGGCAUACAAACUUCUUGUUAUCAAUCAAAUUACAGUGAACAGGCAGAGGUCUAGUUUCCGUAUCUUGGCUUUAUUUGAUGCUGCAGUACAUAAAAAUAUGUCCAGCUACAGUGAUUCGUUAUGAUAAAUACUUGAAACAUUUUGAAACAAACAAAACAAUUAUCGGUCAUCUGCAGUAACGGGUGUAGAUGAAAUAACACCAUUAGACUUUGUUAAUGUCCUUUAGAGUUUAUGUGGGGAAAAUAAAUACAAUUCUCUUCCAGAAGAUUAGGUUGUGCAAAGAACAUAUGUUGAUUUCCAUUCAGGAGCAUCCCGACCCAUACAAGGAGCGGAGUGAAUUUCUCUUGACUUAUCAGUGCACUUGUGGUCAUGUGUGGAGAAGACCUUGGAUUACUAUGACAUCAGUUGGACAGGAAGCCUGACCCCACUGAGAA